UCAUUGGUUGUCAGCAGUCAGGUUGUUUCGGUGUUCUUGACCUCCUAAAAUGGCUGGUGUUCGAGCCCUGGGUGCGCUGUCCAGAAUUACAGCAAGGAGAUACGUCCUCUCAGGUAUCUCAUGCCGUACCUUUUCAGUUGCCCUUGCCAUGCCAGCCCGAACCCAUGUCAACUAUGAAGUGAAAGAGGAUGUUGCGGUCAUUCGGAUGAAUGACCCAAAUUCUAAGGUCAACACUCUGUCGGUCCAAAUGCAAAAUGAGAUGAUAGAAGUAUUUAAUGAGGUCUUGGCCAACGAUGCAGUCCAGAGUGCUGUCCUCAUCUCCUCCAAGCCUGGCUGCUUCAUUGCAGGAGCUGACAUCAACAUGAUCCAGGCCUGUAACACCUCCGAGGAGGUCACAAAGCUAUCUCAGGAGGGACAGAAGAUGUUUGAGAGGAUUGAGAAAUCGCCCAAGCCCAUUGUUGCGGCCAUCAACGGCUCCUGCUUAGGAGGCGGCUUAGAGUUUGCCAUCGCCUGCCAGUACAGAGUUGCUACUAAGAGUAAGAAGACAGUGCUGGGAACCCCUGAGGUGAUGCUUGGUCUUCUACCUGGAGCUGGAGGAACACAGAGACUCCCUAAGAUGGUUGGUAUUCCUGGUGCCUUUGACAUGAUGCUGACUGGAAGAAACAUCAAGGCAGACAAAGCCAAGAAGAUGGGUCUGGUCCAUCAGCUAGUGGACCCGCUAGGACCUGGAUUGAAGAGUCCAGAGGAGAGGACCAUUGAGUACCUGGAGGAGGUUGCCAUACAGUGUGCCAGGGAAAUUGUCCACAAGAAGAUCUUGCUCACCAAGAAGAAAGGCAUGAUGCAGAAAGUCCAAGACUACGUAAUGGGCAUUGAGUUUGUGCGGCAACAGAUCUACAAAACUGUUACUGGCAAAGUCAUGAAGAUGAGCAAGGGACUGUAUCCUGCCCCUUUGAAAAUCAUUGAGAGUGUGAAGGCUGGCUUGGAACAGGGCCCAGAUUCUGGCUAUUUGGCAGAAGCACAGAACUUUGGCAAAUUGGCAAUGACUUCUGAAUCAAAUGCCCUGAUUGGACUUUACCAUGGCCAAGUGGCAUGCAAGAAAAACCGCUUUGGAGUCCCUGAGAGACCGGUCAAGAACCUGGCUAUCUUGGGAGCAGGUCUGAUGGGUGCAGGCAUUGCCCAGGUGACUGUGGACAAGGGCAUCCACACUGUCCUGAAGGACACCACCGUGGAAGGGUUGAGCAGGGGUCAGCAGCAGGUCUACAAAGGCCUCAAUGACAAAAUCAAAAGGAAGGCCAUCACGUCAUUUGAGAGGGACUCAACACUGUCCAGCUUAACUGGCCAGUUGGACUACAGUGGUUUUGAGAAGGCUGACAUGGUCAUCGAAGCUGUGUUUGAGGACAUCAACAUCAAACACAGAGUCAUCAAGGAGGUGGAAGCUUUGAUUCCACCUCACUGUAUAUUUGCCACCAACACGUCUGCUCUCCCCAUCAAAGAUAUUGCUGCUGCUAGCAUGAGGCCAGAAAAGGUUAUUGGUAUGCACUACUUUUCUCCAGUGGACAAGAUGCAGCUGUUGGAGAUCAUCACGACAGAUAAGACCUCUAAAGACACCACUGCCUCUGCUGUUGCUGUAGGCCUGAAGCAGGGGAAAGUCAUCAUCGUUGUCGGAGAUGGACCUGGGUUCUACACCACCAGGUGUCUGGCUCCUAUGUUAGCUGAGGCAGUGCGAGUACUACAGGAAGGCGUUAACCCCAAGAAGCUGGAUGCCCUGACCACAGGUUUUGGGUUCCCAGUGGGUGCAGCUACACUGGCUGAUGAGGUGGGCAUUGACGUGGCUGCCCAUGUGGCUGAGGACCUCGGCAAAGCAUUCGGAUCCAGGUUCGGAGGUGGAAACGUUGAUGUGCUGAAGACCAUGGUGGAGAGAGGAUUUAAGGGCCGCAAAUCAGGAAAGGGCUGCUACGUGUAUACGCCAGGACUCAAAAGCAAAGAUGUCAACCCCGAUAUUGACGACCUCCUGGAGAAAUUCAAGUUGACACCAAACCCUUCAGUGUCUUCAGACUCUGAUGUCCAGUACCGUCUGGUCUCGCGAUUCGUGAACGAGGCAGUGAUGUGUCUGCAGGAGGGGAUCCUGAACGGCCCCGUAGAGGGAGAUAUAGGAGCUGUGUUCGGACUGGGAUUCCCCCCCUGCCUUGGAGGUCCUUUCCGGUUUGUGGAUACCUUCGGUGCCGACAAGCUAGUAGAGAAGAUGAGGAGGUAUGAGGAGGUUUACGGCAACCACUUCACCCCCUGUCAGCUACUGCUGGAUCACGCCAAGGACUCCAACAAGCGAUUCCACAAAUGACUUUCCUCAUCUACUGCUACCAUCUAAUAGCAGGCUGCCAUUAGAAUGUGCCUAGGCUGUGUAUUUGUCUGUUAACUUAAGCUCAGUGCUUAUUUCUUUGAAGUUUGCAGAAGAGAAAUCACGAGGGGCCUGUUUUUACAAAUCACAAAAUGUUUCAAGUUCAUAACUAACAGUUCUUUUUUUGGGGUGUUUAAUAAAAAAGAAAUGUAACAUUUGACAGUUCCCUUUUUUGAUAAUAUUCUGCUGUAAUAUCCAUCUGAGGCAGGUGUAGACCCAACUGGCAAUCCUAGUCUUCUCGAUUUAAAUUCAUGUCUUCAUCUCAAAUGACUCCCUAUAUAGUGGACUCAUUUUGACCAGGAUCACUAUAUAGGGUGCCAUUUCAGUUUUCAUAAGUGACCAGUCUUGGGCUGUUCAAUCAUGUUUAUUCAUCUGAGGUGAAUGUUUCUUUCUUUUCUUUUUUACAUUUAUGAUUUUGGUCUUUAUGCCAUGGUUUGGGCAGUGAUGUAUUUAAUAUUUAGAGCCAGUAAAUGAAUAAAUAAUGAUAUUGAAGUACAUUCAAAUGCCUAGGCUUAUGUAUGUUCUUUGUUUUCAAUGAAUGAACAUUUUGUGCUAAUCGGUUAAUUUGUUAUGCCUAUUAUGUCACAUGUAUUAAAUAAUUGCAUUAGGCUA